AUGCCGAUCGUCGACGAAUUCCUCUCCUCCAUCUCCAACUUCCUUAGGACGAAGAAUUCUUUACAACUGCAGCUCUUCCUACGAGUCGAACCUCCUCUGCCUGACCAAUACUUACAGCUGAGCCAAGAGUUGAAGUCAUCAUAUCGUGAUGGCAACAAGCUCGAAUUGCACAUAGGGAAGUUGGUCCCCGAGGCCGAUGAUGGGGAUGCUGAAGUAGGAGGGGCAUGGCCGGGUUUCCUUGCCUUCUUGAAAGAGUAUUUGGAAUUCUGGAGAGAUGUCAAUUUUGGAGAUCUUCUGGAGACACAUACGCAAUUGAGCAAUUUAGCGAACGCAUGCAUAACUGCAUUGUCCAAUGCGACCUAUGGCAUCAUUGUACUGCCAGCAACGAUCCAACUAUGUUCGACUCUUGCAAGACUUGCUAUGAUGCUUGACAAGAGACCGGAUUUGACACGAAAGAUGGUGAAAAUUGCCGACGUUGAUCAGGAAUCAAGGAAGACAUUGGUCGAAGGGACAGCAGAGUCUAUACAGAGGGCAUUUACAAUGUGUUUGACGGAGAGGACAGCCAAUAGGAAUGGUAUAGGCCGAGAUGGGAAGCCAGAGGGAAAGAAAGUUGGCAUAUAUUCUUUCGCCAAUAUGGUGCUGAGACUCCUCUUUCAGUGCAAGAAGACACGACUAGCGAAUCAGAUGUUCACCAAUAUAUCUCAAAAUUCGCCUCCCCUUGGCUUGUAUCCUGCAAGCCAGCGUGUAACAUAUCUUUUCUAUCUCGGACGUUACCAUUUCGCAAACAGCCACUUUUACUAUGCAGCACAAUCCUUGCAAUCAGCAUACGACCAAUGUCACGCCAAGUGCCUGAAGCAACGUCGGAGUAUUCUAAUUGUUCUGAUUGCAUCAAACAUGAUCCUCGGCAGAUUCCCGUCUCGAGCCUUCCUGUCAAGACCAGAAGCCGCUGACGUGCUCGACAAAUUCAUACCAAUAUCAAACGCUAUUCAGAAAGGCAACAUGAUUGCGUUCAAGCAAGCAGUGGGACCAGAGUCUGGCAACGAAGAGUGGCUUUUCCAGCACGGAGUCCUCCUGCCUUUGAGAUCUCGCUGCGAGGUAUUGGUCUGGCGAACUUUCGCGCGUCGAAUCUUUCUUCUGACGUAUCAAUUUCCAUCGGAUCCGAACUCCAGGAGAGCACCAACAUUGGAUCUCGAAGACCUGGUUGCAGCAGCCCAGUAUUGCCAGAAGCUCCUUGAGGGCUGGGUGAAGCCUGUCGAUUCUAUGACGGCAAUGCAAGCUGGCCGGAUGCAUCCGAACUCAAUGUUCAUGAAGACACCCGACCUGGUUCCGCCGCCCGAGGGACCGAAAAACCUCGGAGCACAAGACGGAAUGAUUUUUGGAAACACAAUGCCCGAUCUCAUGGAAAUGGAGGCAAUUGUGGCAAGUCUCGUACAGCAAGAUUUAUUGCAUGGAUUCAUCAGUCACAAUCAAGGAAAAUUUGCUAUUCUAGGAGCAAAACAGAGAGGCGGACCCCUGAAUGCGGGAUUUCCACCUGUCUGGGAGACAUUAAAGGUCAGAGCUGAAAGAGAAGUAAACAGCGGUGAAAUACCCGGGUGGGUCCAGACAGAGAGGACGGGAAUGAUGGGUGGAGUUGUGAAUCUUACCGGCAUCGCCCGACCUGUUGGGAGUGGAGAAUGA